UCACCCCACUCCACUCCACUCUCACCACACUACUGCUCAAUCCAAACAUGGCUCCUCCUCUAACACCGAUCUCCUUUCUCUUUUUCUUCCUUUGCUCAAUUCUUGUGCCUAAAACGCUGUCGUUUUCAAGCGAUCAAACGGCCAAGACUUUCAUUUUCCGAGUGGAUAGUCACUCUAAGCCGUCGGUUUUUCCUACCCAUUAUCACUGGUAUUCCACCGAGUUCGCCGAAGCACCUCAAAUCCUCCAUACAUACGACACCGUUUUCCAUGGCUUCUCCGCCGUGCUCACCCCUGACGAGGUGGCUUCCAUCAGUCGUCACCCUUCUGUCCUCGCCGUUUUCGAGGACAAACGCCGUCAGCUCCACACCACUCGUUCCCCCCAAUUUCUUGGCCUGAGGAAUCAGCGGGGUCUUUGGUCUGAAUCCGAUUACGGCUCCGAUGUUAUUGUUGGCGUGUUCGAUACAGGAAUCUGGCCCGAGCGACGGAGCUUCUCGGAUUUGAAUCUGGGUCCGAUCCCGAGUCGAUGGAAAGGUACUUGCGAGGCCGGAGUGAAAUUCUCAGCCAAGAAUUGUAACCGGAAGCUGAUUGGUGCCAGAUUCUUCGCCAAAGGUCAUGAGGCGGCGGGAAAUAUCGGCGGCCCGAUUAGUGGGGUGAACAACACGGUUGAGUUCCGGUCACCCAGAGACGCCGAUGGGCAUGGGACCCACACGGCGUCGACGGCGGCGGGGAGGUACGCUUUCGAGGCGAGCAUGUCUGGCUAUGCUUCAGGUAUAGCCAAAGGAGUGGCUCCAAAAGCUCGAUUGGCGGUCUAUAAGGUUUGCUGGAAGGAUUCCGGUUGCUUCGACUCUGAUAUUUUGGCAGCUUUCGACGCCGCCGUCAAUGAUGGUGUCGAUGUUAUCUCCAUAUCGAUCGGUGGCGGUGAUGGAAUAUCUUCGCCGUAUUAUCUCGAUCCCAUAGCAAUUGGAGCUUACGGAGCUGCUUCUAAAGGUGUCUUCGUGUCGUCCUCAGCUGGAAAUGAUGGACCCAAUGGAAUGUCAGUGACUAACGUCGCACCAUGGAUGACCUCAGUUGGAGCAGGCACCAUAGACAGGAAUUUCCCGGCUGUUAUUGUUCUUGGCAACGGGAGGAAACUCUCUGGCGUUUCUCUUUAUGCCGGAGCUCCAUUAAAGGGCAAAAUGUACCCUCUGGUUUACCCUGGUAAAUCGGGUAUGCUCCCAGCUUCUCUCUGCAUGGAAAGUUCGCUGGAUCCCAACUUGGUCAAGGGAAAAAUCGUUAUUUGUGAUCGCGGAAGUAGUCCCAGAGUUGCUAAAGGUAUGGUGGUCAAGAAGGCUGGAGGUGUGGGUAUGAUCUUAGCAAAUGGAAUGUCCCAUGGCGAAGGACUAGUCGGUGAUGCUCACCUUCUUCCGGCUUGUGCCGUCGGCUCCGAUGAAGGGAGCGCCGUAAAAGCUUAUGUAUCGUCCACUUCGAAUCCCACUGCCACCAUUGAUUUCCAUGGAACAGUUAUCGGAAUUAAACCGGCGCCGAUUGUGGCUUCCUUCUCCGGGAGAGGACCCAAUACUCUGAACCCAGAAAUCCUCAAGCCGGACUUGAUUGCGCCGGGUGUUAACAUUCUCGCCGCGUGGACAGACGCAGUCGGGCCAACUGGGCUGGACACUGAUACCCGAAAAACCGAGUUCAACAUUCUGUCAGGAACAUCAAUGGCUUGCCCCCAUGUGAGUGGAGCAGCAGCUCUUCUCAAAUCUGCUCACCCAGAUUGGAGCCCAGCUGCCAUUAGAUCCGCAUUAAUGACAACUGCUAGUACAGUCGAUAACAGAAACCAGCCCAUGACCGAUGAAGCCACAGGAAAACCCUCGACGGCAUACGAUUUCGGAGCCGGACAUAUCAAUCUGGAUCGAGCUAUGGAUCCGGGUCUAGUCUACGACAUCACAAGCAAUGACUACAUCAACUUCUUAUGCUCAAUCGGGUACGGACCUAAAGUGAUUCAGGUGAUCACUAGGACCCCGGUGAGCUGCCCGGCGAAAAGGCCGUUGUCUGAGAAUCUGAAUUACCCUUCAAUGGCGGUGUUGUUUUCGACAACAACUAAAGGAAAGCCAAGCAAGAUGUUUAUCCGUACGGUGACGAAUGUCGGGGCUCCGAAUUCUGUGUACCGGGUUAGUAUCGAAGCACCGAAGGGAAUCACGGUGGCAGUGAAGCCGGCGAAGCUGGUGUUCACGGAGGCCGUGAAGAAGCGGAGCUUCGUGGUGACUGUUUCAGCGGACAGUCGGAAUCUAGUAUUUGGAGACUCAGGUGCAGCUUUCGGGUCGCUCUCUUGGACCGAUGGAAAGCAUGUCGUUCGGAGCCCCAUUGUCGUUACCGAAGUAACGCCGUUGUAAAACAAACGACAACAUAAACAAAACAAUAGAUCAUGUCGUUUUGAUCGAUCAAGGUCAAGGGUAGUUUUAGAAGUCGCCACGCGUAAUAGAGCUUUUUUUUUAUCCUUUUUCUCUUUGAAUAAUUUUUUUUCUCCUUUAAUAACUUAUAGUAGAUAUUUUGGUGUGUUUAGAGGGAUCUCCAUGUCCUAGUCCUAGUGUGAAAUCUUUUUUUUUUUUUUUAAUCUUUUAUAAAAAGGUUUGGCAAUGUAUUUAUAGACUCAUAUACGUCUAUUUAUGCUCAAUGUUACAACUUUUUUAACA